GACCUCUGGACUCUUUUUCUCUCACCUCCUGAAACACGCGGACGUCGUCUGUCGAGUUUACAUUUCUGAAACGUUUGCAGCUCUCUGAGGACGAGCUGCUCGAGGAUUCAUCUGCUGGACUUUGAUUUUCUUUGAAUCUGGAUAAAAAUCAUCUGCAGAACGCCUUCGUCUCUCACAGCGUUCACGCUGACAUGAAGUGAAACUAUGACUCGGAUCUUUGUCUCUGAGCUCUUUUACCCAUCAGGCCUUGCUCUCCUGUGAGGUGUAGUUAUUUCUGUCAGAGUUGUUGAUCUUUGGACGAUGAUGGAGGCGGAGUGGGCGAUGGGCGACCCGGUUCACCAGCAGCAGAACUACAACCUGCUGGAGGGUCGCUUCAAACAGCUGCAAGAUGAGCGUGAGGCGGUGCAGAAGAAGACGUUCACUAAGUGGAUCAACUCUCACCUGUCCAGAGUGUCCUGCAGGAUCACAGACCUGUACAUGGACCUGAGAGACGGACGCAUGCUCAUCAAACUGCUGGAGGUCCUGUCAGGAGAGAGACUGCCCAAGCCCACUAAAGGCCGGAUGCGUAUCCACUGUCUGGAGAACGUGGACAAAGCUCUGCAGUUCCUGAAGGAGCAGCGGGUUCACCUGGAGAACAUGGGCUCACACGACAUCGUGGAUGGAAACCACCGUCUGACCCUGGGCCUCAUCUGGACCAUCAUCCUCCGCUUCCAGAUUCAGGAUAUCAGUGUGGAGACUGAAGACAACAAAGAGAAGAGAUCGGCUAAAGACGCUCUUCUGCUGUGGUGUCAGAUGAAGACAGCAGGGUAUCCCAACGUGAACAUCCACAACUUCUCAACCAGCUGGAGAGACGGCAUGGCCUUCAACGCCCUCAUCCACAAACACAGACCCGAUCUGAUCGAUUUUGACAAACUGAAGAAGUCAAAUGCUCACUACAACCUGCAGAACGCCUUCAACCUGGCAGAACAACACCUGGGCCUCACCAAGCUGCUCGACCCCGAGGAUAUCAGCGUGGACCAUCCUGACGAGAAGUCCGUCAUCACCUACGUGGUGACGUAUUAUCACUACUUCUCCAAGAUGAAGGCUCUGAAGGUCGAGGGCAAACGAAUCGGAAAGGUGUUGGACAACGCCAUCGAGACGGAGAAGAUGGUCGAGAAGUACGAGUCUCUGGCCUCCGACCUGCUGGAGUGGAUUGAACAGACCAUCAUCAUCCUCAACAACAGGAAGUUCGCCAACUCUCUGCUGGGCGUGCAGCAGCAGCUCCAGGCCUUCAACACCUACAGGACUGUAGAGAAACCUCCAAAGUUCACAGAGAAAGGAAACCUGGAGGUCCUCCUCUUCACCAUCCAGAGUAAGAUGAGAGCCAACAAUCAGAAGGUGUACAUGCCCCGAGAGGGGAAACUCAUCUCAGACAUCAACAAGGCCUGGGAGCGACUGGAGAAGGCGGAGCACGAGAGGGAGCUGGCUCUUAGGACCGAGCUGAUCCGUCAGGAGAAACUGGAACAGCUGGCCAGACGCUUCGACCGCAAAGCCGCCAUGAGAGAGACGUGGCUGAGCGAGAACCAGCGGCUGGUGUCGCAGGACAACUUUGGGUUCGACCUGCAGGCCGUCGAGGCGGCCACCAAGAAACACGAGGCGAUCGAGACGGAUAUCACGGCGUACGAAGAGCGCGUGCAGGCCGUGGUCUCCGUGGCGAGGGAGCUGGAGGUGGAGCAUUACCACGACAUCAAACGCGUCACGGCCAGGAAGGACAACGUGAUCCGGCUGUGGGAGUACCUGCUGGAGCUGCUGAAGGCCCGCAGGCAGAGGCUGGAGAUGAACCUGGGUCUGCAGAGGGUCUUCCAGGAGAUGCUCUACAUCAUGGACUGGAUGGACGAGAUGAAGAUGUUGCUGCUGUCUCAGGAUUAUGGAAAACAUCUGCUGGGUGUGGAGGAUCUGCUGCAGAAACACGCCCUGGUGGAGGCUGACAUCGCCAUCCAGGCCGACCGGGUGAAGGCCGUCUCCACCAACGCCAACAAGUACUCAGUUAACGACGACGGUUACAAGCCGUGCGACCCCAUGGUGAUCCAGGACCGGGUCUCUCACCUGGAGUUCUGCUACCAGGAGCUGACCCAGCUCGCCGCCGAGCGCCGCGCCCGCCUGGAGGAGUCCCGCCGCCUGUGGAAGUUCUUCUGGGAGAUGGCGGAGGAGGAGGGCUGGAUCAGAGAGAAGGAGCAGAUCCUGUCAUCUGUGGAGCACGGUAAGGACCUGACGGGGGCGCUGCGCCUCCUCAGCCAGCAGCGCGCCCUCGAGGACGAGAUGAGCGGCCGCGCCGGUCACCUCCAGCACUCCGUGGCGGAGGGCGAGGCCAUGGUGGAGGCGGGACACUUCGCCGCCGCAAAGAUCCAGGAUCGCAUCGCCGACCUGAAGGCUCAGUGGGCGGGGCUCGAGCAGCUGGCGGCGGUGAGGAAGACGAGGCUGGAGGAGGCGCUCGCCCUGCACCAGUUCCAGGCGGACGCCGACGACGUGGACGCGUGGACUCUGGACGCGCUGCGGAUCGUCUCAAGUGGCGAGACGGGCCACGACGAGUUCUCCACACAGGCGCUGGUCAGGAAGCACAAAGACGCGGCGGCGGAGGUGGCCAGCUACCGCCCGGUCAUCGACUCGCUGCACGAGCAGGCCGCCGCCCUCCCCAAAGAGGAGGCGGAGUCAGAGGAGGUGCGCGGUCGUCUGGCGGGCAUCGAGGAGCGCUACAGGGAGGUGUCGGAGCUGACCAAGCUCAGGAAGCAGGCGCUGCAGGACGCGCUGGCGCUCUACAAAAUGUUCAGCGAGGCCAACGCCUGUGAGGUGUGGAUCGACGAGAAGGAGCAGUGGCUGAACAGCAUGGAGAUCCCCGAGAAGCUGGAGGACCUGGAGGUCGUGCAGCACCGGUUCGAGAGUCUGGAGCCCGAGAUGAACAACCAGGCGUCCCGCGUCGCCGUGGUCAACCAGAUCGCUCGCCAGCUGAUGCACAACGGACACCCGAGUGAGAGAGAGAUCAAGAGCCAGCAGGACAAACUCAACAACAGGUGGAGUCAGUUCCGGGACCUGGUGGAUCUGAAGAAGGAGUCCUUGAACUCAGCGCUCGGGGUUCAGAACUACCACCUGGACUGUAACGAGACCAAGUCGUGGAUCAAAGAGAAGACCAAAGUCAUCGAGUCGACCCAGGAGCUGGGGAACGACCUGACGGGGGUCAUGGCGCUGCAGCGGAAACUGACCGGGAUGGAGCGCGACCUCGCCGCCAUCGAGGACAAACUGGGUGACCUGCGGGGCGAGGCGGAGCGCCUGGCCCAGGAGCACCCGGACCAGGCCAAGGCCAUCACGGGCCGCCUGUCGGAGAUCACGGCGGUGUGGGAGGAGAUGAAGAACACACUGAAGAACCGCGAGGAUUCUCUGGGCGAGGCCCGGAAGCUGCAGCAGUUCCUGCGCGAGCUGGACGACUUCCAGUCGUGGCUGUCCCGCACGCAGACCGCCAUCGCCUCUGAGGACAUGCCCAACACACUGGCCGAGGCCGAGAAGCUCAUGGCCCAGCAUGAGGGCAUCAAGAACGAGAUCCAGAACUACGAGGAGGACUACCAGAAGAUGCGGGACAUGGGGGAGAUGGUGACGCAGGGCCAGACGGACGCUCAGUACAUGUUCCUGCGUCAGCGGCUGCAGGCGCUCGACACCGGCUGGAACGAGCUGCACAAGAUGUGGGAGAACCGGCAGAACCUGCUGUCCCAGUCCCACGCCUACCAGCUGUUCCUGAGGGACACCAAGCAGGCCGAGGCCUUCCUCAACAACCAGGAGUACGUCCUCGCUCACACCGAGAUGCCCACCACCCUGGAGGCCGCCGAGGCCGCCAUCAAGAAGCAGGAGGACUUCAUGACCACGAUGGACGCCAACGAAGACAAGAUCAAUGGCGUGGUGGAGGCCGGUCGGCGUCUGGCCAGCGACGGGAACAUCAACGCUGAAAAGAUCCAGGAGAGGGUCGCCUCCAUCGACGACAGGCAUAAGAAGAACAGAGAGGCUGCAGUGGAGCUGCUGAUGAGACUGAAAGACAAUAGAGACCUGCAGAAGUUCCUGCAGGACUGUCAGGAGCUGUCUUUGUGGAUCAAUGAGAAGAUGCUCACAGCUCAGGACAUGACGUACGACGAGGCGAGGAACCUGCACAGCAAGUGGCUGAAGCACCAGGCCUUCAUGGCUGAGCUGCAGUCCAACAAAGAGUGGCUCGACAAGAUCCAGAAGGACGGCACGCUGCUGGUGUCGGAGAAGCCAGAGACGGACGCCGUGGUGAAGGAGAAGCUGUCCGCUCUGCACGCCAUGUGGGCGGAGCUAGAGUCGACCACGCAGACCAAAGCUCAGUGUCUGUUCGACGCCAACAAGGCGGAGCUGUUCACUCAGAGCUGCGCCGACCUCGACAAGUGGAUGGGCGGUCUUGAGGGUCAGAUCCAGUCCGACGACUACGGCAAAGACCUGACGUCUGUCAACAUCCUGCUGAAAAAACAACAGAUGCUGGAGAAGCAGGUGGAGGUGCGUCAGAGAGGUGUGGAGCUGCAGAGCCAGGUGAAGGCUCUGGGUCAGGAGGUCAAGGACACGGAGGAGGUGGACGGCCGCAGGCAGCUGGUGGAGAACAAGUUCCAGGAGCUGCUGGACCCGCUGAGACGCCGCAGGAACUUCCUGGUGGCGUCCCGAGAAGUUCACCAGUUCAACCGCGAUCUGGAGGACGAGAUCCUGUGGGUCCAGGAGAGGAUGCCCGUCGCCACGUCCACUGACCACGGAAACAACCUGCAGACGGUCCAGCUGCUCAUCAAGAAGAACCAGACUCUGCAGAAGGAGAUCCAGGGUCAUCAACCUCGGAUCAACGACCUCCUGGAGCACAGCGCCAGCCUCCUGCAGGACGAGUCGCUGAGUGGCGAGGUGAUCCGGCAGCGUCUGGCUGACCUGCAGGAGCUGUGGAGACGGGUGAGGGAGGAGACGGAGAGUCGCCACGGCCUGGAGGAGGCGCACAAAGCUCAGCAGUACUACUUUGAUGCCGCCGAGGCCGAGGCCUGGAUGAGCGAGCAGGAGCUGUACAUGAUGUCAGAGGAGAAGGCCAAGGACGAGCUGAGUGCCGUAACCAUGCAGAAGAAACAUCAGAUCGUGGAGCAGGCGGUCGAGGACUACGCCGAGAUCCACCUGCUGUCCAAGACCAGCAGAGGUCUGGUCUCUGACGGACACCCGAGCAGUGAGCGAAUCAGCAUGAGGCAGUCUCAGGUGGAUAAGCUGUAUGCCGGUCUGAAGGAUCUGUCAGAGGAGAGGCGGGGCAAGCUGGACGAGAGGCUCCGCCUCUUCCAGCUGAACCGUGAGGUGGACGACCUGGAGCAGUGGAUCGCUGAGCGGGAGGUGGUGGCCGGGUCACACGAGCUGGGACAGGACUACGAACACGUCACCAUGUUGCAGGAGCGUUUCCGGGAGUUUGCUCGGGACACCGGGAACAUCGGUCAGGAGCGAGUGGACGCCGUCAACCGUCUGGCGGACGAGCUGAUCAACACAGGUCACGGUGACGCAGCGACCGUGGCGGAGUGGAAGGACGGGCUGAACGAAGCGUGGGCCGACCUGCUGGAGCUCAUCGACACACGGACGCAGAUCCUCGCCGCCUCCUUCGAGCUCCACAAGUUCUACCACGACGCCAAGGAGAUCCUGGGACGCAUCGUGGACAAACAGAAGAAACUGCCGGAGGAGGUCGGGCGGGACCAGAACACGGUGGACACGCUGCAGAGGAUGCACACCACCUUCGAACACGACAUCCAGGCCCUGGGAACACAGGUGAGACAGCUGCAGGAGGAUGCGGUGCGCCUUCAGUCAGCGUACGCCGGAGACAAAGCGGACGACAUCCAGCGGAGGGAGAGCGAGGUUCUGGAGGCCUGGAGGAUCCUGCUAGAGGCCUGUGAGGGACGCCGUCUCCGCCUCCUGGACACAGGAGACAAGUUCCGGUUCUUCAGCAUGGUGAGGGACCUGAUGCUGUGGAUGGAGGACGUGAUCCGGCUCAUCGAGGCCCAGGAGAACCCCAGGGACGUGUCGUCUGUGGAGCUGCUGAUGAACAACCAUCAGGGCAUCAAGGCAGAGAUUGACGCUCGAAACGACAGCUUCACGGCGUGCAUCGAGCUGGGGAAAGCCCUGCUGGCCAGAAAACACUACGCCUCAGAGGAGAUUAAGGAGAAGUUGCUGCAGCUGACUGACAAGAGGAAAGACAUGAUUGACAAGUGGGAGGACCGAUGGGAGUGGCUACGACUCAUCCUGGAGGUGCACCAGUUCUCGCGGGACGCGGGCGUGGCCGAGGCGUGGCUGCUGGGUCAGGAGCCGUACCUGUCGGGCAGGGACAUGGGUCAGAGCGUGGACGAGGUGGAGAAGCUCAUCAAACGCCACGAGGCCUUCGAGAAGUCCGCCGCCACCUGGGAGGAGCGCUUCUCCGCUCUGGAGAGGCUGACUACGCUGGAGUUGUUGGAGGUGAGGAGGCAGCAGGAGGAGGAGGAGCUUCUCAGGAAGCCUCCCACCCCGGAGCUGCUGCCCGUCGUCCAGCAGGAGGAGGAGCCUCAGCAGCAGAGCGGAGUGAUCACUCAGAACGGACUCGCCUCGGACCAGGACUCUCCUCGGGACGGCAUGGUCGAUGGCGAGCUGGUGAACGGCGUUGUUGAACGCAGCUCGAAGGAGCCGAGCCCCAGCGGGUCGCCGACCUCCGGCAGGAAGAGCAAAACCAGCCAGUCGUCCACCCUGCCCAGGAACCAGGAGCCCACGUCCCAGAUGGAGAGCUUCCUGCACCGCAAACACGAGUGGGAGGGGCACAACAAGAAGGCCUCCAACAGAUCGUGGCACAAUGUGUACUGCGUCAUCAACAACCAGGAGAUGGGUUUCUACAAAGACAGCAAGGCGGCGUCUCAGGGCGUGCCGUACCACAACGAGGUCCCCGUCGGCCUGAAGGAGGCGACGUGCGAGGUGGCGUCAGAGUACAAGAAGAAGAAGCACGUCUUCAAACUCAGACUCACUGAUGGAAACGAGUAUCUGUUCCAAGCCAAAGAUGAAGAGGAGAUGAGCACCUGGAUCCAGGCCAUCCUGAACGCCGGCGCCGAUCGCUCCAGCGUCCAGGGCAGCCAUCCCGGCACGCCGGUGUCCGGGCGCGCUCAGACACUGCCGGCCACCGUCACGCUGACCACGGAAUCGAGUCCCGGGAAGCGAGAGAAGGACAAAGAGAAGGAGAAGGAGAAACGCUUCAGUCUGUUCAAGAAGAAACAGUAGAGAGGAAAACAAAACAAAAAAGAGACGCUUUGGUGAAACUGACUCUUGACUGUCGCUCUGAAACGUCACAUUUAGCUUCUGAUUUCUUCAUCUCCCGCUGGAACAUCAAAGAACUGGAAUCGUGUUUCAGAGCGAGAGCCAGGUGGGAUCUGUUUUCAUUUAGCUAAACCGAGAGCGCCAGCUUUUCCCACCGCCAAUCCUCCGCCGUUUCCUGUUCUGAACAUCAAACACCUGACGUCUGUUAGAAGACAAAAACUGCCACCCCCACGGGCUGUGACACCUGUAGUUCAGGUGAAACAUCCGUCCAAUAGACAGUCAGAACACGUAAAAAAAAGAUCUGAAUUCAAAACGUGUUUUCCCCUCAACUAAGAAUAGUCAAUGACAUCACUACCGCACAGCCAAUGGCGGAGUAUGGCGGCUCAGAAAGCUCAAACGAAAGGAGAAGAAAACUGUUCAAGUUUCACCAAAGUGCAGCGUGAACUUGUUUUUUUGUGUUUUGAUCUCGAUGCAGUUUGAUACGUUUUGUUUUGUUUUUUCUUGGUGUGGUCGGCGAUCGGGCGGAGAGGCGGCGCUCAGGAUGUUCAACGACACUGUGCCAGAGAGUGAGAGCGGCGCGUGUGUGUUUAUAAACGGCGUGUCAUCGUCGGCGUAGACAACAAACGGGCAAACAUUCGCCUCUACGCUGACAAUGACACGCUGUUUUCUCACGACAUCACGGCCACUCUCGCUCCGUCUCGGUGACGUCAGCGGGGACCACGCGCUCUUCUUCUGUUUGUUUUUGUUUUCUUACAUUUUUGUUGUUUUUUCUAAUUUUUUGAAACAGGUCUGAAAUUAUUUCCUCAAUUUUGUGAGGGUGUCUUAAACGACAGCCUACAUUCUUCCUCUGCCGGUGAGAAAUUGGACCAAUAGUGCUUUUUUUGUUUGUUUUUGUUUUUUUUCUUCGUCCUCUGCCACUCCAACCUUUUACGUUUACGACUUUAAAAAAAAAACAGCCAAUCACCUUCGAGGAGACGUGUGAAGAGUUCACUUGCAUGCUUCGUCAGGCUCAGAGCGUCGCCUGAAAACACUCACCUGGAACGAUCAAGAUCUCCUCUUUUUUUUAUCUUUUCCUCCGUUGGCUGAAGAUGAGUAUGUAUAAUAAACACUUUAAGGCGUCGAUGUGUGACGGUGAUCGUACAUCAGGGAGGUACAGGUGUGAAGGUUGCUUGCUUGUCGUCGGCUCUUGGCACCACGCUGCGUUCAGAUUUUCUGCUCUUUGAUACUCGUGUUGCUCCGCGUCACUGUAUAUCUAUCGUACUGAACAUGUAUGGAAGUUAUCGCCAUCUUACUGCACAAUCAGAACUACAUCUAUAGGAAUGAACAAGAAGCUGUUUGAGGCCCCAUAUUUAAACAGAACUUAGACCAUAAAGGCUUUUCUCAUGUAUGAAACUGCACCUGUAGACUUUAAAGCUCUCUCUCUCUCUCUCUCUCUCUCUCUCUCUCUCUCUCUCUCUCUCUCUCUCUCUCUCUCUGUCAAAUAUGUGCGAUGUCAUUAAAGCUUUUAAACUUUA